AUAUUGACUAUUUUCUCUUUUACUACCACCACGGUAUCUACUGCAUUUUUUCCCUCUCAAACUCCCACUCAACAGUCGUCGUUGUAUCUGAAUUGUAAGUGACGGCAAGAAGAAUUCGGCUUAAGUGAUUCCCUAAGAGCUUACUGGUGCAUUGGAAGUUUAUGAGCUUGCAUCACAAAAAACUGCUGAGAUGAGCAGCAAGCAGACAAAAGCUAGGGUUGCCAAUGCCUUUCGUGCUAUGAAGGACAUUGGAAUCUCUGAAGCUAUGGUGAAACCGGUUUUGAAGAAAUUGCUAAAAUUGUAUGACAAAAAUUGGGAACUUAUUGAAGAGGAAAAUUAUAGGGCACUUGCUGAUGCUAUAUUUGAGGGACAAGAAGCCGAACAUUCAAUGAAGACAGUGGACAGGGAAGCAUCUGAGUGUUCAAAGAAGAAAACAAAUGCUGAAGAAAGGUUGGAGCAACAAGCUCAGGCAGCUGAAGAGUCGACACAGCCUUUAAAAAGGGCACGACUUAGAUACCAAGAUGGUCGAAGCACCUCCUCUGCUGCAGCUACUGAUCGUGGUCCCACGAUGCCCCUGAUCAUUCCUAAAGAUGAACCAACUGAACCACCUAAUAUACGCUCACCAGAGGUAAAUGCAUCUCAAGGCUUGGUUUUGACACCUCAGCCCAGUGCUGAAAACAGGAGAAGGACCGAUCCUCAGUUACUUGGUAAAGUAAAAGGAAAGCAGCCUGCUUAUUCUGAAUCAUUGGUUGUCCAUGAGGCAUGUGACCCCUGCCAGCCCAAUAGCGCCACAAGUCCUUCUCAUGCUAUGAAGCUCAGAGACAGAGGAAAGCAAUCCAUCUGUCUUCAAACAUCAUCUGGAGAUAAGAGUUUGUUUCCACAUGGUUCUCCCCAGGCUACUCGUAAGAAGGAGUGGAAAGUCGUGCGUGGUUGUGUUCCGGCUCCCAAAAAGAAGCGUGCUUCAAAUUUUGCUUUAAUUAUUCCUAAAGAAGAGCCUGUUACAGAUGACAUGCCACAACUCGUGCUUCCUGAUGCUAUCAUUGAUCCAGAGCAAUCUAUUAAAAGAGAUUCAUCUGAUCAGAAUGGUUCAGUUAGAGAACUGUCUUGUUUUGAACCCUCAGCUUCAGCAUCCGUAAAUGGAAAAGAAAGAAACAAUAGAGCUGCUGAAGCAAUAACAAAUGGUGAGCUUGAACUGGCAUCAAGUCAGUUUGCUUCUAACCUAGAGAUUGCUUCCUCGCCUCUUGGGGAGGUGAAAAUUUCCUUGAGCUGCAACUUGCCUCUUGUAAGGCCUGAUUCCGAUAUGCCUAGUCUUGAAACAGUACUACAACUGGUGGAUGAUAAAUGUCUCAGAUCACACAAAACCUUGGGCCCAAACUUUUCUGUGAUGAAUAUUUUAAAAGAAGUUUGUCAGUGCUUUCUAAAUUUAAGAUCAGAUCAGAAUAGUGUUGGCCCUUCAACCAUAGACAUGCAUCCAACUCACUUACCGAGUAAAUCAUCUGCUACAGAUCUUGGUGCUGGUGCACUGCGGUUAAAUUCAUUAACUGGAGCAAAUGAUCCCCAGUCUAAUGGCAAUUUACCUUUAUCUGAAACACAACCGGUUAUUUCUUGCAAUGGCACAGAUGAUGGCUCUCAUCUGGAGGAGAUGAAUGGUGGGGAUGGCCAUGCAACCCAUACUGAGAACAAAGAGCAUCAUGUAGAAGAAACAAAUGGUCUGAACUUGGUGGUUGCUGAUCACUCAGUAACUCCUGAAAUAAUCAAGCCACUGCAUGAUCUUUUUGACAUAGCAAAGGGACAAGAAAAAGUUAUAAUUUCACUGGUGAAUGAAGUAAAUAGUGAGUCCUUGCCAUCCUUCUACUACAUACGUGAAAAUGUUGUUUUCCAAAGUGCUUCUGUGAAUUUCUCCUUGUCCCAUAUUGGAGAUAGCAGUUGUUCUGCUUGCUCUGGCAAUUGCUUGUCAUCUUCUGCACCUUGUGCAUGUGCACAUUUAGUUAGAGGUGAGUUUGCAUAUACUACAGAUGGUCUGGUUAAGGAUGGACUUCUUAAAGAGUGUAUUUCCAUGAAACGUGAUCUGAAGAAACAGAAUCAGUUUUUCUGUAAGGAAUGUCCUCUGGAAAGAUCAAAGAGUGAUGAUACUCCUGAACCUUGCAAAGGUCAUCUGGUGAGGAAGUUCAUCAAAGAAUGUUGGUUGAGAUGUGGCUGCAAUAAACAAUGUGGCAACCGUGUGGUGCAGAGAGGAAUAACUCGCAAUUUACAGGUGUUCAUGACCCCGGAAGGAAAAGGGUGGGGUCUGCGUACUCUGGAGGACCUGCCAGAAGGUGCUUUUGUUUGUGAAUUUGUUGGAGAAGUUUUAACCAAUUCAGAGUUCUUUGGUCGCAUUUUGAGGAGCACUAAACAGGAGAAAUAUUCAUAUCCUAUUGUCCUGGAUGCUCAUUGGGGUGCGAAAAAAUCGCUGAAAAAUGAAGAAGCGCUUUGUUUAGAUGCUUCAAAUUAUGGAAAUGUUGCAAGGUUUAUUAGCCACAGAUGUUAUGAUUCAAAUUUGGUGGAGAUACCAGUGAAAGUGGAGACUUCUGAUCACCACUACUAUCGUCUUGCUCUUUUCACUGCAAGAAAGAUAACGGUUAUGGAAGAACUCACUUGGGAUUAUGGGAUUGAUUUUGACGACCAUGAUCACCCUGUUAAGGCGUUUCACUGUCAAUGUGGUAGCAAGUUCUGCCGCAACAUUAGGCGGUCAAGAAGUAGAGCUUAAAGAAUGUGACAAGGUGGUUGUAGCAGUCUGCCCUGAUCGGCUAAGUGAUCUUUGCGGAUGCCAUUUUCUGGCUGCUUCUUUCAUGUAAAUUCCCUCCUUGAAUAGAAGGCCAUAUCUAAUCUCCAUUCUUGGAUACCUGUUUUGAUUUAGUGUUUCCUUGUGCAAAUACUUACUCAACGGCCCUCCCAAGAAUGUUUUGGAUUAUUACUAAUAUGUAGUGUUUCUAGUUGAAAGAGUGCGUAGUAAAACAACUGCUGCAAUAAAACAUUACAACUCUACUUAUCUUUUCAAUUUGUACCUUGUAAAUGUCCCUCCUGUAUCUAUCCAUGGAGCUUUAUUCGAAGUUCUUUUUUUGUUGUUUA